UGCUCGACUGCCUUCCUACGAAGCCACAAUGUCGCGCUGGCUUGCGCAAUGCCGUUCCUUAUGUAUCGCAUCAUGCGGCUGUUGCGUAUACGGAGAACUUGGGACAAGAGCCGCGCAAAGCAACGUACAGAGGAGCCUACAGAGCCACUGGAAGCUAUCACGCUUGCCCUGUUCCCUCCACUAUACUUCUUUGCAUUCCUGUACUACACCGACAUGCUCUCGACUGCGCUCAUGCUCGGCGCAUAUGAACGCAGUCUCUCGCGUCAACAAGCUCUUGCUGCUCUGCUCGGACUAGCGUCGGUCUCAUUACGGCAAACCAACAUCGUCUGGGUCGCCUAUAUCGCAGGAUGUGCUCUCGUGCACGACCUAGAGCGACGCGAUCUCGAGUCCAUUCCGCUCGAGAGCGCCACCCUUAGCAGGAUGCCUACGAUCUUGGUCGACCUUGUCAGCACAUGUCUCCGUCGGCCGGCGACAGUGGCAAAGUUAGCCGGGCCAUUCGUCCCUGUCUUUGCUCUGUUCAUCGCUUUUGUACGGUACAACGGCGGCAUUGUGCUUGGCGACAAAGCAAAUCAUGUCGUGAUGUUUCACUUGCCUCAGUUGCUCUACUUCAGCGCCUUUACAGCAGCAUUCAAUGCGCCUCUGUUGAUCGUGCCCGUGCUGCACUUCCGGCCGUCUCGCGCAGCUCUACUCCUAGCACCGCUCGCUUGCGUGUCAAUGCUUGUGGUGGUCAGAUAUCUAACGUAUGAGCAUCUUUUCAUGCUCAGCGACAACCGCCACUAUGUCUUCUACGUGUGGCAACGCAUUUAUCAAGCUCACCCGCUAGCGCGCUACAUCAUGGUCCUUGUCUACCUACCCGCUGCUGUAUUGGUGCAUCAGAUCUCAGCUGCUGCACAAACAUGGUCAGCUCUGAGCUAUACAAUCUGGCUCUUGGCAACGACACUGGCGCUCGUGCCUACACCACUCAUCGAACCGCGCUACUACAUCCUGCCAUUCCUGGUCUAUCGAUUGCAUCUGUCACGUCCCCAGACUGCAACACGGCGUCAAUGGCAGCUUUGCCUUUUAUUCGAGACGGCAUCCUAUGUAGGCAUCAACGCGCUGACCUUGUACGUCUUUCUGUACAAGCCCUUCAAAUGGCCGUCAGAAUCAGGAUUGCAAAGGUUCAUGUUCUGAUCUGAUCAUUAACGAUGAACGAUAGACGCG